AUGUUGAGCUUCCUCAAGAGAAAGAAAAAGAAGAGGCCACUCACCGACCCGGACCCAAAACCCGGCGAAAACAUACCCAACAGGUGGCGCCUCCUGAGUGGCCAAACCAGUGAAUGGGCCGGCCUGCUGGACCCACUGGACCCGGACCUCCGCCAAUACAUUAUCCACUACGGGUCCAUGGCCCAAUCAACCUACGACUCGUUCAACUCCGAAAAGGCUUCCAAACGCGCGGGAAGCUGCAGAUACCCAAAACACGACUACUUCAACAAGUCGGGCCUUCGAGAGGCGAACCCGUUGGAGUACGAGGUGACCAAAUACCUAUAUGCCACGUCAUCAUCCAAGCUGCCCGACUCGUUCAUCAUCAAGUCCCUGUCGAGAGAGGCCUGGAGCAAGGAGUCCAACUGGAUGGGCUUUGUUGGUGUGGCCACGGCCCGUGGGAAACGGGCCUUGGGCCGUAGGGACAUCGUUGUGGCCUGGAGGGGCACGGUUCGUGGGCUCGAAUGGGUUAAUGACUUGGAGUUUGUGUUGAGGCCCAGCCCGGAUGUUAUGGGAGGAGACGAGGGGCCCAGGGUACACCUCGGGUGGAACUCGGUCUACACCUCAGACGACCCGAGGUCCCGGUUCAACAAAACGAGCGCUAGAGAACAGGUUCUUGAAGAGGUAAAGAGAUUGGUCGAACACUACAAAAAUGAAGACAUAAGCAUAACGAUAACCGGUCACAGCUUAGGUGCGGCAAUUUCGACGCUAAACGCCGUCGACAUUGUUGCCAACGGGUACAACAAGCCCACCACCCGGCCCAAUAAGGAAUGUCCGGUCACGGCCUUCCUAUUCGCAAGCCCGCGGGUUGGGGACGAAAAUUUCCGGGCUUUUGCAGAAAAGCUACCGGGCCUUAAAAUCCUACGUGUCGCAAAUUCCCGAGAUGUCGUCCCGAAAUAUCCCACGCUCGGGAUAGGGUAUGCGGAGGUAGGGAAAGAGCUGGCCAUCGAUACUGGAAAGUCGAGUUAUCUGAAGAAAGGAGAUGUUGGGAGUUGGCAUAGCUUGGAGUCUUAUUUGCAUGGGGUUGCCGGCACUCAGGGGCAAAAUGGGGAUUUUGAAUUGUCGGUCAGGCGUGAUAUUGCUCUCGUUAACAAGCAUACGGACGGGCUGAGGGAUGAGUACUGUGUGCCGGUUGAUUGGUGGUGUGAGAAGAACAAAAGCAUGGUGCAGAAAGGAGAUGGGUCAUGGGAGCUUAUGGAUGAUGAGUAUAUAUGA